UUCUCUCUGGAGCAAGUUUCAUUUCAUGCUGACCAAAACUCCUGCUGGAUCGUAAUAAAAGAUGGAGUUUACGAUAUGACUGACUUUGUUGGGGAGGUAAGAAAUGUUUAGAAGUUCUACCAGCAGCAGCUACAUCCUAUUCGCGACAACGAUCUUUAGGCCAACAAUGCUGCGUUAAAAGUUGAUACUGUGGAGAAUAGGUGCACAGACUCGCACCGGAUCCCGGAAUCCGAGAAGGUUUUGCCUCAAGUGGGAUCCGGAAUCCAUCACAUUUUGCUGUGGAAUUCGGAAACCUGGGCUUGGAAUUCGGAAUACAGCUCAAGGAAUCCGGAAUCCCACUAAUGAUUGGAAUCCGGAAUCCGAGUUCCACUUAAAAAAUCCGGAAUCUAGUACCUAAAUCCGGAAUCCACGGCGUGGAAUUUAGAAUCCAAAUUGUCUUGGAUUCAACAGACGAUUUUCUGUACAAUUUUUGCGUUGCAAGUUUUUAGAGUUUUUGAACAGGCUUCACGUAAGUUGAAACACCAAAUCACGAAUUCUGCUCAAGUGUAUCCGAAUAACAUACCUGUCAUCAAUUUUCUGCACAACGCCUAUUCGGAACCUCAUUUGCUUCGUUAAUUGCACUCAAACUGAUCGUCCCGCGAAGAGUGUCUGAUGCCAAAUUAACGUCUUUUUCAUGUGCAUGUGUUGCCCUGAAAAUCGUCGAUGCGGAUCUUUUAAUUUUGUGUAACAUUUACCGUUAGUUUGCAUGGUUGGUAGUGGUUCGUGUGGUUAACGUUAUUGAAAUUCAGUGGGGAUUGUCGAUGUUGUCUUAAGCAAGCUAAAUUCCAGUGAUUGUAACAGCGAUUUUUAUCACCAGGCUAACAAAAUACAGUUGAACUUGUCUACAACGGCCACCUUGGGAUAGAAGAAAGUGGUCUGUGUAGAGAGGUGGCCGUUGUACACAGUAAUUUCAAGGAGUUAUACUAACGCCUCUAUUGGGAUUAAUUCAACUCCUUACAGUGGAGUUUUUUUGGGGGGGAGUUAUUUUAACUACAAAAAGGAGUUUAAAGAACUCUUUUUCAGGAGUAAAAAUCACCCCAGAUAUUAAGACAACCCCUAAAAAGGAGUUAUCCCGUACCUAAAAUUUUUUCUUCAUUAUCAGAGUUAACGUAACUCCAAAAAGAGUAAAAACAGCCCAUGUAAGGAGUGAAAAUAACCCCAUUUUCGGAGUUAUUUAAUCUCCAGACUGGGAGUUAAAAGAACUCUUUUUCAGGAGUAAAAACGACCCCAAAUUUGGGGUUAAAUUAGGAGUUAACGUAAUCCCCAAAAAGGGGUUAUCCUGUACCUAAAAUUUUUACUCCAUUUUUGGAGUUAUAAUAUCUCCCUAAAUAUUUCUGUGUAGAGAGGUUGAAACAAGAGUGAAUGUAUAGACUUUCUGCCUCAUCUUCUGGGAGCGAGGUUGUCAAGCCUUUUAAGGCUUGAAAGUCGUUUUUUUUUUUAUUUUUCGGGGCUUUAGCAGUUCCCUGGCUGGUAUCUGGUCCUUGUUUGUAGCACUCUUUCGUCUUAAAAAAUGAUGAUGAUGAUGAUGUUGUGAAAAUAGCUCAGCAUUUUAGUAUCUCUAUUUCAGCAUCCUGGUGGCAGAGAGAUCAUGCUAGAACACGCAGGUGAGUAAGUCACCAGUUCUCACAUGACGGAUUAUUUCUCUAUAAAACGUUACAUGCAUUGGAAAGUUUUACGUUGUAGUCGUGCAGUAACGGCGAUGAAAUGGACAAAAAGGGUCAUGUUCGUGCGGGGUUGUUAUUAAACUUGUGGCUUUUUUGCCUUCCCUCUUGCCCUGGCCGUUGUGGUGGCUCGAACGGCACUUAAACUCCCGAACGUCUGCAUUGGAGAACAGAGCUAUGCGAUACAUCCGGAAACUUUGCGUCCCAUUUCAUUCUUUUUUAGAAGAAAAUCUGAACUACUCCUACCACACGAAGGGGGCCCCUUUCAAGUUAAGUCAAGUUAGUAUGGGUAAUAGCAUAAUUUAUAGUGAUAUUUUGCAUAAAUACCACGAGUGAUACUUCGAAAUUGUUAUACGUAAUUUGCCAAACAUCACGUACAAAUCAUGCUAUUAUUUGUUUACACUACUACCCGCAAAAGGUUUGAAAUUUUCACAUAUAGGUAUUUCAAAUUAAGCUGAAAUCCCACUGCUCUAAGCAAAUCAAAUUGCAGAAAUUUCUGAUGUAGUAGUAUAAAGUAAGGAAAGCAAAAGUGUCGAGUUGGCAAUUUCGCUGCGGAUCUCUUCAAAGGCUCACUAGGCCUAACUUCAGUUCUUUUCUUUUUUUGUUUUUUUAUUCGGGGAAGAAUGACCGCAUGGUCUCAGUUUAAACUUGCUCACUUUGCACGUGAUCCAUUUUCUCCUCCUGUUUUAAUUUUAGUGUUCAUUGAGUUAAACCUUAACUAAUUUCUUAGUGGACAUAACUUUUCUCAAGGUUUAGAUGCGACCACGGUGUUCCAAGACAUCGGUCACUCAGCAGAAGCCUUAAAGAUUCUCGCAAAGUACUAUAUUGGCGAGCUGAGAGAGGUGAGACGCUGA